UCAGAGGGGGAGGAGGAGGAGGAGGUGGAUGGUAAGAAAGAGGAGCAGAGGAGGCGGGCCAUAGAGGGAGUGGUAGACAUCACAAAGCUCUGCCUGAUGGAGAUGAACCAGGAGGAACUGGCCGACACACUGUGGGGUGGAGCUGUUGCUGUUGGGUGCCAACAUAAAAUCAAGUCUCAUCUGAGGGAGAAGUUCAGGAAUGAGUUUGAGGGAAUUGCUAAAGCAGGACAGCCAACAGGUCUGAAUGACUUCUACACCGAGCUCCUCAUCACAGCGAGAGGCAGUGGAGAGGUCAACCAGGAACAUGAGAUCAGACUUAUUGAAACAGCCUCCAGGAAACCAGCCAGGGAGGAAACACAGAUCAAAUGCGAAGACAUCUUUAAACCCUUAGCUGGACAAGAUCAACCAAUCAGAACAAUAAUGACAACGGGAGUGGCCGGCAUUGGUAAAACCGUAUUAACCCACAAGUUCACUCUGGACUGGGCGGAAGGCAAAGCCAACCACGACAUACACUUCACAUUUCUCUUGACUUUCAGAGAGCUGAAUUUACUGAAAGGGAAAGAGUUUAGCUUGGUGGAACUUCUUCAUUACUUCUUCAUUGAAACCAAAAUAGCAGCAAUCUGCAGAUUUGAAUGGUUCCAAGUUGUCUUCAUCUUGGAUGGUCUAGAUGAGUGCCGACUGCCUCUGGACUUCCAGAACAACCAGAGCUGGACUGAUGUCACAAUGCCGACCUCGGUGGACGUGCUGCUGACAAACCUCAUCAGGGGCAACCUGCUUCCCUCCGCUCGCAUCUGGAUAACCACACGCCCUGGGGCAGCCAAUAAGAUCCCUGCUGAGUGUGUUGACAUGGUGACAGAGGUGAGGGGCUUCAAUGACUCACAGAAGGAGGAGUACUUUCAGAAGAAAUUCAGCGAUGAGACACUGGCCAGCACAAUAAUCUCCCAUGUCAAGAAAUCACGAAGCCUCCACAUCAUGUGUCACAUCCCAGUCUUCUGUUGGAUCUCUGCAACUGUUCUUGAAGACCUCUUCCAACCAUCCCAGAGAGUAAAAGAGAUGCCUAAGACUGUGACCCAGAUGUACAUCUACUUCCUGAGGGUUCAGUCCAUACAGGCGGACAUGAAGUACCAUGGGAGAGCUGAAAAAGAUCUAGACUGGAGUUCAGAGAGCAGGGAGAUCAUUGUUUCUCUUGGAAAACUGGCUUUUAACCAGCUGGAGAAAGGCAACCUAAUCUUCUACGAGACAGACCUGGCAGAGUGUGGCAUCGAUAUCAGAGCAGCCUCAGUGUACUCAGGAGUGUUCACCCAGAUCUUUAAAGAGGAGUGUUGGCUGUACCAGGACAAGGUGUUCUGCUUUGUCCAUCUGAGCAUCCAGGAGUUUCUAGCUGCACUUUAUGUCCUUCAGUCCUUCAUCAACACUGGUGUCAAUCUAUUCUCAGAAGAACCAGCUACCCCCGGCAAAGAUGAACUCUUCCUCUACCAGAGUGCUGUGGACAAGGCCUUACAGUGUGAGAACGGACACCUGGACUUGUUCCUCCGCUUCCUCCUGGGCCUCUCUCUGGAGACCAAUCAGAAACUCCUACGAGGUCUGCUGGGAAAGACAGGAAGUAGAUCAAUGACAACUCAGUUUAAACAAGGUCUGCUUUGGCUGACAGGAAGACAGCCCAAUCAGAGAACAGUCUGUUACAUCAAGGAGAAAAUAAAUGGAGAUAUCCCUCCAGAGAGAAGCAUCAAUCUGCUCCACUGUCUGAAUGAGUUGAACGACCCUUCUCUAGUGGAGGAGAUCCAACAGUCCCUUACAUCAGGAAGACUAUUCAUGGAAUCUCUCUCCCCUGCUCAGUGGUCUGCUCUGGUCUUCAUCUUACUGUCGUCAGAUGAGGAGCUGGAUGUGUUUGACCUGAAGAAAUACUCAGCUUCAGAGGAAGGUCUUCUGAGGCUGGUGCCAGUGGUCAAAGCCUCCAAAAUAUCUCUGCUGAAUGACUGUCUUCUGUCAGAGAGAUGCUGUGAAGCUCUGGCCUCAGUUCUCAGCUCCAGCGCCUCUAGUCUGAGAGAGCUGGACCUGAGUACCAAUGAUCUGCAGGAUUCAGGAGUGAAAUUGCUCUCUUCUGGACUGGGGAGUCCACACUGUACACUGGAAACUCUCAGGCUGAAUGGCUGUCAGCUGUCAGAGAGAUGCUGUGAAGCUCUGGCCUCAGUUCUCAGCUCCAACUUCUCUAGUCUGAGAGAACUGGACCUGAGUACCAAUAAUCUGCAGGAUUCAGGAGUGAAGCUGCUCUCUGCUGGACUGGGGAGUCCCCACUGUACACUGGAAACUCUCAGCUUAUCUGGCUGCCUGGUCACUCAGGAAGGCUGUGCCUCUCUGACCUCAGCUCUGAGCUCCAACCCCUCCCAUCUGAGAGCGCUGGACCUGAGCUACAAUCACCCAGGAGACUCAGGAGCUACGCUGCUCUCUGCUGGACUGGAGGAUCCACGUUGGAGGCUUGAAACUCUCAGUGUGGACCACGGUGGAGUGGUGAGGCUGAAACCAGCUCCACAGAGGUAUGCCUGUGAACUCACACUGGACCCAAACACAGCCCACAGACAACUCUCUCUGUCUGAGGACAACAGAAAGGUGACAGUGGUUGGAGAGGACCAGUCGUAUCCUGAUCACCCAGAGAGGUCGGACUUCCAAUACCAGGUGUUGUGUAGAGAGGCUCUGACUGGCCACUGUUACUGGGAGGCAGAGUGGGAAGGAGAUGUUCGUAUUGGAGUGACAUCCAGACGAAGCACAAGGAGAGGAGAGGGUGUUAAAUCUUUAGAUGAAGAUGGUUACUUUGCCUACUUCAGUCAUAGGACAGACACUGGCUCUAACAGAGUAGGACUGUAUCUGGACCGAUCCGCUGGCACUCUUACAUGCUACAGAUAUUACCCAGAUGUAGGAGGUUCCUUUGACAGACUGCCAGAUAUCAGCAUCCAUAACAUCUUUACCCAGGAGGUUCUCUACACUGCGUUUGGGUUAUUGAGUUAUGGUGCCUCAGUGUCUCUGUGUCGGUUGUAGCCAAACACACACAUGCAUAUAUCAACCCACACAUACACAGGCAAACAGACUAACACAAUUCUAUAACACACCUAACUAAACACACACAUAUAUGAAUACAUACACUACACAAACAUAUAUGACUACACAUACAAACACACACUUAUAUGAAUGCACAGGUGCACAUUCAUAUAUUCCCCAAGCACACACACACACACACACACACACACACACACACACACACACACACACACACACACACACACACACACACACACACACACACACACACACACACACACACACACAC